AUGCUACCCAUUUUCCUCAUCAUAUCUAUGGCUAUCCUGGCAGCUACCACCAUUAUUGGCAUUGUGUCAAACUGCUUAAUAUUAACCAUAAAUAUGGUUGAAAAAAUUAAGGGUAUGAGCCUUGGCUCUUCUGACCUUAUCCUGGUCACUCUUGGAAUAUCCAAUAUUACCUUCCAGUUUGUGAUGACAGCAAAUGACUUCCUGAGUUUCUUAUGGAGUGAUCUAUACUUCUCAGACAGAGUUUAUUCUGUGUUCAAUGCCUUGCUGUUCCUCCCUGUCUUCUCCAGCUUUUGGUUUACUGUCUGCCUUUGUGUCUACUACUGCUUACAGAUUGUCAUAUUUACCCAUCCUUUCCUGAUGCGCCUGAAAUUGGGAAUCUCCACUCUAGUUCCAUGUUUUCUUGUGACUUCUGUCCUUACUUCUGUAGCUAUUAGUGUUCCAGCUGUCUGGAGCACCUAUAGAGACCAAAUCAAUGAGAACAUAACAGGCAACCAGAGUCUGGAAAUUAAUGUUCCCAAGCUAAAUAUCACAUACCUGCUUCCAAGCAAUAUUAUUGGCUGUUCCCUGCCUUUACUUCUUGUCGCUAUCUCCAAUGGACUGAUCCUUAGGUCACUUGCAUCUCCUAAAAACAAAGUAGAAAAGGCAAGCAAAGCUAAUAGUCCUCGUGCUGAAGCCAGAGAACGAGCUGCCCGUACUGUUGGUUGUCUUCUUAUUCUCUAUUUGUCCUUCUACAUUUCUGAGAUUAUAAUGUUUGUGGAUCUUUUUCCACCUAGCAGCCCUGGGUUUUGUGUUUGCCUUAUAUUCAUAUAUACCUACUCCCCAGCUCAAUCUCUUAUACUGAUCCUUGGAAGCCCCAAACUCAAAAAAGCAUUGUUGAGCUUACUCCGACUUUGUGACAGAUUGAGAAACGAAGACACAAAGAUACCGAAAAUUAUCUUUGUUGAGCUAAAUUCUCAGAAAACACCGGAUUACUUAACAAAUCGAUAA